AUGGUGCCUUGCAAACACCGUUUCGGCAGCUCCUGCAGCCAAGCUGGUGCCAAACGUCAUGCUCGCAUUCCUUUGGAACCCAUCAGCAAGGCCGAGAGGGGGAUUCUGACGCAUGGGCAACCCAGGAUCUCCGUACUUCUCCAGACACAGUGUGGCUUCAGGGCAGCAAGAUCCACGGUGGACAUGAUCUUCACCCUUCGACAACUGCAGGAGAAAUGCCGUGAACAGAGGAGACCUUUGUAUCUCGCUUUCGUCGACCUCACAAAGGCCUUCGACCUUGUUAGCAGAGAUGGUCUCUUCAAGCUGCUUGCAAAGAUUGGUUGCCCUCCAAAACUUCUCAGCAUCGUGACAUCAUUUCACAACAACAUGCAGGGUUCAGUCUGUUGUGAUGGAGAAACUUCAGAGGCCUUCCCAAUCCGCAGCGGAGUGAAGCAGGGCUGUGUUCUUGCACCGACCCUCUUCGGGAUUUUCUUCUCUCUCCUGCUGUCGUUUGCAUUUGGCUCAUCCCCUGAAGGCGUCUACCUACACUCAAGAGCUGAUGGCAAACUCUUCAACCUUGCCCGCCUAAGGUCCAAGACGAAAGUGACCAGUGUACUCCUGAGGGAAAUGCUAUUUGCAGAUGAUGCAGCUCUAGCAUCACACACAGAGACAGGGCUCCAGCAGUUGGUGGACAGGCUCUCUUAUGCAUGCAAGGAGUUCGCCCUUACCAUCAGCAUUAAGAAGACCCAUGUCAUGGGCCAAGAAGUCGAAACCCCACCCUCCAUCUCUAUUGACAACAAGACCCUAGACUGUGUGGGCACCUUCACUUACCUCGGAUCAACAGUCGCCAGCAACCUGUCACUUGACGCAGAACUGAGCACCCGUCUUGCCAGGGCCGCCACAGUGAUGGCCAGGCUGGCAAAGAGAGUGUGGUCUAACAAGAACCUAACUGUGUGCACAAAACUCCAGGUCUACCAAGCAUGCGUCAUCAGCACUCUGCUAUACAGCAGUGAGGCCUGGACCACCUACACCAGACAAGAAAAACGGCUGAACAGCUUCCACCUGCGCUGCCUACGCCGCAUCCUUGGCAUCAAAUGGCAGGACAAAGUCCCCAACACGGAAGUCUUGGAACGUGCCCACUCCACCAGCAUGUUCGCCAUGUUGAGCCAGCGCCGCCUCAGAUGGCUCGGUCACGUCCACAGGAUGGACUCCGGUCGUCUUCCAAGGGCCAUCCUGUAUGGCGAGCUAUCGUCAGGCUCCAGGCCAAUUGGUCAUCCGAACCUACGAUUCAAGGACGACUGUAAACGCGACAUGAGGCAGGCUGGCAUAGACCCCAACAGCUGGGAGGAAGCCGCCCAGGAUCGCAGUGCUUGGAGACAGACAGUUGCCGCAGGGAUCCACCGCGCUGAGGAGAGGCGCACCUCCUUGCUGCAGGAGAAGAGGCAGAGGAGGAAAUUGCGAGUAGCAGCCCCCACCCCUGAGUCAGUCCCCUCUCCUUUCGUCUGCGCUAAUUGCGGCAGAGACUGUCAUGCAAGAAUUGGACUGCUCAGCCACAGCCGCCGCUGCAACAAAGACGACAAUCCCCCGGGCGCAGUCCAUCGUCAGUAUUGA